CUCCAUUUGGUUUUACUAAAUUUGUCAGCAAACAAGAAAAUCAAUAUAAUAACUAACCUAAUUGGAUAUGAAUGGCAUCAUUAGAGUUGGAAGACCAUUCAUCGGUAGUGCUCAUUUUCUUGUUUUGGUUUUUGGGAAGUAUAUGAAGCUUAGGAUCGCCUAAGAAUUUCUUUCAGGAGGUCUCGAGUUUGUACAAGGAAAAUAGAUAAAAAAUCCGACGUUUGUUAAGGCCCACACCUUACAAGUAUUGAAAUCAUUCGGUGUUCUGUUCUUAAUGUCACAGUUUGGGUCUCUAAAAAAAAGUCUCAUUACUGCUUUCUUCGGACCUAAACAUUUCUUAGAUAAUUUACGGAAAACGGGGGCCCUAAGAUUGACGGACUCAAAAAUAGAUUCCCUUCUUCAAUCUUUUCGUAAUAAUCCGGAUCAGUUUCAGAACUAUCUUAAAGAAGCAUGCAAACGACAAGAAAUUGCACCAAAAGAUCUUCUAAAUCUUGCGAAACUCUCCUUUCAAGCCUCUCAGCUAUCUAACAACUUUAGUUCGGAAGUAAUCCCUAAUGCUCAGCGAAAAUCUUGGGCCAAAGCAUGUUUGAAACAAUCUGCAAAGCUCUGCUGUGAUGAGGCUCAAAUCAUAUAUGCAUCACUUGUUUUUAACCAAAUUAAAUUUACUGAAGAUGAACUUAAAACAUGUGUCGAAUGGAUGAAGCGGGUUUCCGAUCAUUCGCCUGAACCAGAAAAAGCUUCCAAGGCUUCCAAACUACUCGGAGUAUUUUAUCAAAGAUUAGGAAAAGCAGAGUUAGCGAACACUAUGUUCCAAAGGGCAGCUGCUCUUGGAGAUGCAGAGUCUUAUGUUAUGCAUGGACGGAUAGAACUUGCGAAUGAACGAAAGACUCAGGCAAAAUGGGCUUUUGAGAAGGCAGCAAGCAUGGACCAUCCACUUGGUUAUUUUUACCUCAGUAAUCUAUGUACAAAUGCUCGCGAAAAGAAAACUUAUCUAUUAAAGGCUGCUUCAUUUGACGGUUGUCCACCAGAAGUUGCUCACAACCUGGCACUUAUUUAUGAUCGUACUGAACACAAUGAUAAGCUAGCAAUCGAAUGGUACACAGUUGCGGCAUCGAAUGGGUUGUCAAUUAGUCGCUUUAAUUUAGCACAACUUUAUCAGCGCGUUGGUGAUUAUCAGGCUGCGAUGGGUCAAUGCGACAAAAUAGCCUCCGUUCCUGGUUCUAUUGGUAAAAAUGCCACUCGUCUACGAGAAGAAAUACGAACAAAAAUGGCAUUAAGCACUGAUGACCCCGCUCGUUCUGAGACGAACAUUCGUAAAUGCAUUAUCAUGUAGACUAUGGAUUUUUCAUUAUGAAAGGACUUUAGUGUGGGAAUAUCUGAAGGCUGAUGGCUUUCUCAAUGAGGAAUUCAUCAACUCCGUGCAUACCGCCUUCCUUUCCAUAACCACUUUCCUUUAUACCGCCAAAGUCUAAGAAUGGGUCGUUAACUUGUUCCGUAUUAGCACCGACAAUUCCAACUUCAAGUCCCUUGGCCAUGCGGAACAUUGUGUUCAAAUCGUUUGUAUAAACGUAGCCAGCGAGUCCAACGCUGGACGAGUUGGCGGAUUUAAUUACCUCAUCGACAUCUUUGAAUUUAAUUAGGGCGGCUAGAGGACCAAAGGUUUCUUCUCUGAAAAGGCGACAUUUCUCCUUGACAUUCACUAGCACGGUCGGUUCGUAAUAGCAUUCGUUAAAACCUUCAGGACGCUUUCCACCUGUUAGAAUUUUGGCGCCAUUGGCCACAGCAUCUUUGACAUGCUCUUCAACCUUCUCGGCACCACUUGCAGCAAUAAGAGGACCGAGUUUUACUUCAGGAUCGAAACCAGAACCAAUCUUCAUUUCGCAAACAAGGUCAGCAAGUGCAUUGGCAAACGUAUCAUAAAUGUCUUCGUGUACAUAAAUUCUGUUGGCGCAUACACAAACUUGGCCGUUGCUGUUAAACUUACAAGCCAUAAGCGACUUGAUAGUUUUCUCCAAGUCUGCAUCAGGGAAAACAAUAAAAGGAGCGUUACCACCCAAUUCGAGUGACAUUUUUUUAACUGUACACGAACUUUGGGACAUUAAUUGCUUGCCGACAUUGGUGCUACCAGUGAAGGAAACUUUACGAACGAUGGGGCUGUUCGUAAUGACCUCGCCGCAUACUUUUGCAUUACUGUCAAGAAUCAGAUUAAGAACACCCUUUGGAAUUCCGGCCUGCUGAGCAAGCUUAAUCAUGCCAAUUGCGGUCAGAGGUGUAACUUCAGCUGCGCGAAUGACGGCGGUACAUCCGGCCGCUAUAGCUGCACCGGCUUUUCGAGCAAUCAUUGCUGCUGGGAAAUUCCACGGUGUAAUAAGACCACAAACGCCGAUCGGUUGUUUUACGUUGAAAAUUCUAUGGUUACUGGCAACACCUGAAUGUGUCACAUCACCAUGAAUUCUAAGCGCUUCUCCGGCAUACCAGUCCAGAAAAGAAGCUGAAAACUCAAUUUCCUGUUUCGAAUCCGCAAGUGUUUUGCCGUUUUCCCAAGUCAUUACUUUUGACAAAUCGUCGCAAUUCUUUCUAACAAGUUCGGCCCAUGUUUUGAGCAUCAAUGAUCGCUCUAAAACCGGGCUUUCACUGAAGGAUUCGAAAGCGUUUUCGGCGGCCUUAAUGGCCUCUUCAACAACCUCUGCUGGAAUAUCCGCAACUUCUGUAAUGACAGUGUUGUUAGCAGGAUUUAUGUUCUGAAAAGUCUUCUUGUUUGGUGAUUCGACCCAUUGUCCAUUAACACAAGAUCUUGCUGCUGUUCUGUCCAAAUCGAAGAGGGAAAUAUUUGAGAUUUUUGGAGUAAAUACGCUACUGUUCACCAUUUUUAAAAACGGGAUAAAUGCAAGAUAAGGUUCGUUUAAUUGUUGUCUUUGAACUCGAUUGUCUUUCGGACUGAAGAAGGAAUUACUGACCCAUUUAUGUUAUUUACUUGAAAAUUAUGUUCUUUAAUGACAUAAAGAUGAACUCAAACACAUGAAACUGAGGUCACUUUACGUUCAUUGGUACACCUUCACGACGUUUAAACGUUUAAAACGACUGAUAUGUUUUCACAUAUAUGAAAGGACUGUUGGUGUUAUUGAAUUUCGUCAAUGAGAAGUCAGAAAUGAAGUUUGGC